GCGCUCAUGACAGACCGUGACCUACAGCAUUAUCAUUGUCACGCGUUAAACUCGAAGCCUUCUCGUUGUCAGUCGUGUCGUCGACCUGAAUCUCGAAAAGUUGGAGUUGCUCAUGAAUCUCCGCUGACCUGAAGGAUAUUUACCGGAGCUGCUCUGGGAACUAAUCUAGUCCGACCACUGUGGCGACACACUGGGGAAUUCACUAACAUGGCGAACCCAAAAGAGAAACACUAUUGGACACAGCUCAGAGCCGCACUGACUGGUGGUCUGUGGGACUCAGACUUUCCGGCUAAGGCUCCAAACAAUGCACCGUUGAAAUGGUCAGAACUUCUGCGAAAAUUUAACAAGCAUUGCCCCGGACACUCUGACCUAGUCGAGCUGGCAUCGCAGACUCAGGCGCUGUCGCUUCUCCUGGCAGCUAAUGCGACCGACAGAAGUCUCGACGGCAAUGAAGUCAGUGAAGAAGGGCCACUUGCCCUUGGAGAGGAAUGUAUGCUUCCGGAGGAACGCAUUCCAGAGGGUCUAGCUGGAUACACCACGUUGCAAAAUAUGGAAGGUUCUAAUACCGACUCAAUUAGGUUAGCAGUGGCAUACUACGCGUAUGCACUUGGUAGACCUUCUGAGUGUCUAUCGAUCCUUGCAGAGGCAAAGGACCUAACGGACGUACAAAGUUAUAUACCUGGCUCUGGAAGACCUCGUUCGGGUUCUCUAACACUUCAGGUGCCAAGUGGAGGUGCCGUUGCUUCCUCUGCUUCCUCUUGGACAGGCAGCUUUGCUGCUAUACCUGCAGUGCCGCCCUCGCCUGACAUAGGUGAUGGCAGAGCAUGGGCUACAGUCGAGUGCAUUCGCAGCAUCUGCCUCCAAGUCAUAGGCAUGUCACACGAGCGAAUAUCUCCUUCGGAACCCCAAUCUGCUCUUGAUGCAUAUCUCAGGGCAAUUCCGCUACUCAAGGUUAUCAGCACCGAGAUUCCUUGCACUAUCGCUUCUGGUAUAACCAGUGGGACAGUUGAACUCGGUUCUUUCGUUCGGUAUCGAGAACUUUGGCGCUGGGUGGAGCGUCUUCUACGACGAGCAAUCAUUCUCUCCGCUAAGUUUGUGGACCUCAGCGUACCCAGCGAUGACCCAAAAUCGAUAUGGUCUUUGUUUGACUACUAUCGCGCAUGUAGCGCGCACUGGCCUCCAACGUUCCGUCCGGAUCACAGGUCCACAAUCCUUGUCUUACAUCUGCGAGCACUUAUUCUUCGGGCAAAUGGAUCAACUAGUUCGUACCUAAAAAUGAAGAUUCCUCGUUGGAUUAGCACGGCCCGUUCGAUCAUCCAGGAAUACCGAGCGAUUCUCAGCAUCAACACUCACUUCCCUAGAGCUGGCGAGCGCAACACAAAGGUCGAAGACUUUGUUGACAUGUGUGUUGCAGUUUGGGAAGCCGAUGGUGCUGUUGGUGAAUAUGCUGGAUGGGUGAUUGAUGUUCUAUGGUGGGCGACGCGUCUGACCUUCAACUCACACCGGGUGUUCCGGCAUAUGGCCCGACUUCUGUACGUUGCUGGCGAUCCUGAACUCUCAAAACGGAUUCUACGACUAUACAUUCAAGUUGUCAGCAAAGCAAGAGAAGCAGGCUUAGCCGAGCCAGAGGACGUUCGCGAGAAUGAUUACUUCGGGAUUGGUGCCGACAUUGAUAGCGAUCGUAAUUGGGUAUUCACCUUAAUUCAUGGCGCUAGGAUGCUCUGUCGUCUUGCAUUGCAAGAGUCCGAUUAUGGAAAGGCAUUGGAUGAAGCCAAAGAAGCCGGCGUGAUGAUCGAGAAAGCUAAAACGAGGUUGGAUACUGAGGAUAAAGGACUUGUCGCCAUCGUUGACUUAACGGAAGGUGUCUGGAGUUCUGUUAUGGCGCAGACUGAGCAUGAACCCCUCGCGAGAAAUGCGCAUCUUGCACAUUCCUUAGAGCGACUCCUCUCUGCUGUUGGAACGUAUCCUGCACCUUCGAUAUACCAUCACCUCGCUUUAGCGCUCUGCAGACCGGGACCUUCCCAUAACUUGCAAGAUGCUAUAGUGUAUGCUCGUUCGGCCGUUGAAGGUGAUGCCAGUGAGAUCAGACAUUGGCAUCUGCUUGGUCUCCUUCUAACAGCCACCGGCGACUGGAGGGCUGCCAAGGCAGUCUUGGAGUUCGGCAUCGAUGUUGCUGAAGGAGACCUCCGGGAUGACGACGGUAAUCCACAACCUGUCGCUGAGCAGACCAAUGGCACAGUCAAUAUUCGGGACUUCGCAACUGUGAGCAGUCGCUCCUCCAACUAUGUGGAGACAUCUCGUCAAACCAACGGUCAUGCCAACGGCGCAACCGAGCGAUUGGGCACCGUUCUGAGCCCGGAUGUCACAAGCAUCCCUCCGUCGGCCGAGUUGUUGCAGCCUCCAAUAGAUAGGCCCCCUUCAACACGGCAUGAACGGUUUGAAUAUGCCCUACAGACACGUAUGACGUUGCUUGCGCUUUGCGAGUACGUCCAGGGCGCUGAAGGUGUAGGUGAUAAGUGGUUAGAGGUAUUCCAGUGGUUCCGUGAAAAGCGCGGUGUUAAUGUCGAUGAUCGGAGACGUUCAAUAGAUAGUAGACGCAUCUCGGGAGACACUCGACCACCAUCCGAGGUGCUCUCUAUGCAGCAAAACCAACCCUCUACCUUCGCUAUGCCUCAGAGCCCUGUAGAGCUUAGCCCUGUCCAGCAAACGCAACAGUCGGAGCUGCCAACUCCAAUACCUAUCACCAUCACUCCUGCGUCACCUGGGCUCUCUGGACCUGAGUUUCCUCACAGCGCCUCUCUUCAAGAUCGUCUUUCCAGCCCAAUUGAAGAUGGAACUCGUGAGAAGCGCUCAUCGUCUUUGGAUGAAAAAGACCGAGAUGUUUCGCGGGGAAAGAAAGUCAAGGACGUGCUGAAGACUGGUGUACACAAGUCACAGGCCAGAAUAAGCACCAUAUCGAAGAAGAUUGGGCACGGCGUACAUAGACGGUCAAGUCUAAAUCUCAAAAGAAGUAGCUCUGCACCGGAUUUCCAGACGGCACUUAGUCACGCACCAUAUCAAGCUUCAUCAAUUCACUUGCGUCAGUACCAAAGUAUUCAUGCUUCACAACAAGACCUCGGCUUGUUGGAGGUGCCUCCACCCCCACCUUCGCCAACGCCAUCAGACGGACGUAAACGAAGUUCUCGUGCUGCGAAGGACAGUCGCCUACUGAGUGAUCUGUGGUUGAUGUCCGCUGCUACCUUUAGACGUCUGGGCAAGAUUGAGCAGGCAAAAGGCGCGAUACAAGAGGCUGAAGUACGAGACGAGGAGAACCCUGCAGUCUGGGUACAGGUGAGUCUAGGCUUUUGUGAGUUGCAUGCGACCUAUGUUUACUUUUCCAUAUGUGUAGCUUGGUCUUUAUUAUACUGCGUUGAACGAUGAGCGGAAGGCGAUUGAGGCUUUUCGCAAGGCCCUCUUCAUCGAGCCAGAUCAUGUAUCUGCAACUGUGCACCUCUGCCGCCUGCUUCUUUCACCGCUUCCUGAUAUGACUACAAGCACAAAGGAACGGCAACCAGACCGAGCCAACGUCGAUCUCGCAGCAGGACUGUUGUCUGAUCUUACUCAGGGCAUGGGUUGGGAUGUUCCUGAGGUUUGGUAUUUCUUGGCCAAGGCGUACAAACUUCAAGAUCGCAGGGAUCGCGAGCGGGAAUGUUUGAGUUUUGCAUUGAGCCUCUCGGAAUCGCGAGGGGUUAGGGACAUUGGAUUGGCUCUCGGAUGGUGUUUAUAGGGCGUAUGAUCUCCUAUACGGGUGCGGGUUUUAAUUUGCUGAGUACACUUCUAUCUAGAUUCGACUAAUACUUGGGAUACCUGUACAAUUUGGCUAUAUACCACGUCUAUUCUGGCUUCCAUUGUUAUCCAUGUCGUCACGCUAUGUGACCUCCGAGUCCAUUGUUCGCGUUUUCGGCGCUUCCGAGAGAAGAUCAUUGCCUUCAAUGAAAUAAGUGGCUCAAUACAACCGGCGCAUGUACUACAACGCACGCAGAGAACGUGCCAUCGUUGAGCCACCCUACUUUGCAUAUCCCUUUACCAUGUCCCUGAUGCACAGCGGCAAUCAUAAAUCUCGUUGUAGAUGUUCCCAACCUUGAUGCCUUCGAAAGCCGGGCACAUGCGCAGGCCCUAGCUGUUACUCCUUUUUUUUCUUUGUUCCUUGAACAAAGGUGCUGCAUGGCA